CCCUGCCUGCUUAUGAGAGCCACUAUUCUAGAAACAAAUCUAAGAGAGUGUACCUUAGAUGUGAUCUGAAUAUCAAGAAACUUCAUAAAGCAUGCAAUUCCAUGACUGAAAACGAUUUGCGUGUAUCUCUUGCAAUGUUUCGGUGUGUUUUCAACAAGGACUUUAAUAUUGGAUUCAGCAACUGACGUGUGUAGCUACUGUGAAAAGACUAGAAACCUCAUAAAAAAUGAUAUUAAGCCAAAGUUAACUUGUUAAAACAACUCAGAAUUCAUAAAAUAAGAGCUCAAGCUUUUUAUCAACUCACGAAAGAAGAACAUAAAGAAGACAUUAUCUACUGCUUUAACAUGCAACAAGUGCAGCAGUUAACCAAAACUCCUUUUCAAGAAGCAUUUUAAGCUCUGCAACUUUCAUUUUAUAAUCUAUAUAUUACAGAUAUAAAAAAUGCUCACCCAAUCUUUUACACUUGGAUUGAAGAGCAAGCUGAAGUUUCUUCAGCUCUCCUAAACUUCUUGGAAACAUAUGAUUUUAAUGGAAAAAAGGUAUUAAAGCUCUUCUGUAAUGAAUGCGGAGGACAAAACAAAAACAACAUUGUUAUCCACACAUUAAUGUACUUUCUUUCAAUCCACCAAGGUUCUAUCAAAGAGAUCAUCAUUACAUUUCCUCUUCGAGGCCAUAGUUUCCUCCCUGCCGACCGUGUUUUUUGGAGGUUAGAGAAACUUCUUCGGAAGAAAACUACUAUGGUAAUAAAAGAAGAAUAUUAUGAGCCAUUUAAAAAAGUUGGAGCCGUAAAGCAGUUGGGAACAGAUUGGACACUGAAAGACACCAAAAGUAUCUCUACAGAUCUAAAGAACAUAGAGAAUAUAGGCAAUAAGAAAAGAAUUUGCUUAAAAAGAAUCACAACAAAGACUAGAAAAACUAAUAUUACAGUCAAAGCAAAUGAAAAUUUCAGAUUCGAGCAUGAAUAUGAAAAAUACAUUUCACUUCUGAGGAGGGGUCGUCAGUGUGGAUCUGAUUCUUUUGCAUUGGAUUGGGUCACAUGAUUUCGGACGCAAAGAAAAAAGCCCAACUUGUCCCAUUACCAAGCUCCCUCAAAUACACCAUCAUAUCACUUUUACACAAAGGAUUUUCCAACUUUUCCAAACGAUUCCACCAUCUAUGAUGGUCGUAGAGCCUCGAAAACCACAAAAUUUGCGAACCAUUUUCGGCACCACUAUCCUCCGCAAGAAAUUCAAUAUCACUUUCGGCGACUGGAAAUUGAAUACCGUUCGACAAAUACGACAAAUCAGAAGAGUUAUAAGUGUAUUUCGAAGUGGUGGGCUCAGAAUUGACCCGUGAGGAGAACCAUAUUAAAAACGCGCAAAGAAUAACAAAGAACGUAAUCAUUUUUAUUAUAUUUGAAAUUUUUUAACGCAUUUUUAAUGUAAAAAAAAAUAUACAAUUUGGUCUAUGUGUGUGUAUGACUGCGUUUAUCACA